UCGCGACGGUUUCCUCCCACAGUCCAAAGACAUGCGUCUGGAGCGUUUCUCACCGGGCCUCCGAUGAAAAUAGGUUCAGUCCUAGUCGGACUUUCCCGUACAACAAAUGAGAGGGAUAUUUAAAAUCUGCCCCUAUUUUGGUCCUUUGUUCCCCUGUUGUUUGAGGCUUUAUCCAGAUUUUUUUGCUCUAAGAGGUCGAGAGGUAUGGCCCUGAAAGCUAUGUCCCUAACAAAUCAGCAAUGAAUGAUGCAGUCACAGAUAUGAAACCAUGGAAAUAAGCAUAGGAACACACAUCCUCGUUUAAAGCGACUGGUUGACAGAUGUCUUCUACGUAACCUGUGUAUGACGCAAGAGUAUGUGAAUUUACGCAUGGGCACAGCUGCUGCUUUCUUCAUAGUUAUUCAUAAUGGACCUUGAAAUGUUUUAAUAACUGUGCAUUUGCUGCUUUGUGUUGAGACGUAUUACCUGUGGAUUUCUUUUUUGUGAUUCGCUGUAGUAAUGGGGCUGCUGACAAUCUUGAAAAAGAUGAAACAGAAGGAGAAAGAGGUUCGUCUCCUUAUGCUAGGACUGGAUAAUGCUGGGAAGACUACAAUUCUGAAGAAAUUUAAUGGAGAGGACAUCACCACCAUCUCGCCAACAUUGGGGUUUAACAUCAAAACUCUGGAGCACAGAAACUUUAAACUAAAUAUUUGGGAUGUUGGAGGUCAAAAAUCGUUGCGCUCAUAUUGGAGGAAUUACUUUGAGAGUACUGAUGGACUCAUCUGGGUGGUAGACAGUGCUGACUUGUUAAGACUAGAAGACUGCAAAAAGGAGUUGUCAGGACUUCUUCUUGAAGAGAUUGCUCAGAGGAUUGAAUCUACGCUAUGUAAAGGUAACCAUGUAGCUAGUGAACUUGAAGGUGAGGAGACUGUUUUCAGUCGUGCUUAUUGCUCCACUUAUGAGAAUGUAGGGCGGCUUGCAGGAGCCACAUUGCUGGUAUUUGCAAACAAGCAGGACCUCCCUGGAGCACUUUCUUCUGAUGCCAUUAGAGAGGCAUUGGACUUGGAUAAUAUAAAAACUCACCAUUGGUGUAUUCAAGGUUGCAGUGCUGUAACUGGACUAAACCUCCUCAGUGGAAUAGACUGGCUAUUGGAUGAUAUCUCCAGCAGAAUAUUCACAGCUGACUGAUGUUCUGACCAAAGAACAAAUGGGAAUAAUUUAUAUGGACAAAAUUUAUUCUAAAUAUAUUCGAUGAUGUAAAUGUUAAAAUUCUAGUUGUUUUUAUAUACAGUUUUCUUUUUUCAGUAUCUUUAUUUUAUAGGUAUAUUAAAACCAUUUAACUGAUCCAUCUCUUUGUCAUGGCCUGUGUACAGACUAAGAGCUCUGCUUUCCAGCCUGUCUUAGUAACACAGCAGUAGGUGAGCUUUGAAUUGUCCCAUAUGCAUUUUGGUCAGACGGAUGGGCUUUGUAGUGGUGAAGCACCAGGGAGCCAAGUUGUGUGCAUUUGUCAUGUUCCUUAACAAGUACUAUAUAACGUUCACUGGUGUGUGCCUACUUUGAGAAUCAGAAUAAAGAAUAAGGUUUCAGUGCCCAGCAAUCUGGCUUGUACAGCUGUCCUGGCUGCCAAGUUUGUUACAGCUAAUUUUAAAUUGCUGUUAUGUGGUGGUAGUCUGGCCUUUCCACUGUUUGUUCUUAACAAAAAAAAAGAAAUAAAAAAAGAGGAAGUGCAUGUAUCCUAAACAAUUCAGCUACCUAAUCCACCAGAUAAUUAACAGGCUUGAACCCAUCUUAUUAAAAUGCUGAAGGGUAACCCAUACAAAGUUUAUAGGUUAAUAUUGUAUGUCUUGUCUUAGGAUUAACUGUGGAGUAACGAUGAACUGUGUGGUGUGAGGAAUGGACAAGAGGAGCUGUGCAACAUUGUUUGUAUUGGUAACCCUGUUAAGAGAUGUGCCUUGAUUCUUGAACGCAUUUUUUUUUUUCUUUGCACAAUAAAACUGUUUUGCCUAAACCUGA